CAUUGUCACCCAGCCCAAGAAAACCACUUCAUAUGAUGACGCCCAGCUCUACACGAAUACAAAUCGAGGAGGCCUAGAUGGUCAGUGAGCCCCCCAUCUUUCAUUCCCCUUGGGGCUGUGUAUCUGGAAGGAAGAAAGACGGGCAGCUCUGACCUGGGCAGAACUUCAGGGAAGAUGCAACCACUUCUGCUUUUGCUGGGCCUUCUGUUGCCCCUUGAGGCCAGGACAGAGGAGAUCAUCGGAGGCCAUGAGGCCACGCCCCACUCCCGGCCCUACAUGGCAUUUGUCCAGUUUCUGGACAAGGACAGUAAGAAGAGGUGCGGUGGUACCCUUGUGAAUGAGGACUUUGUUCUGACGGCUGCUCACUGCUUGGGAAGCUCCAUCAACGUCACCCUGGGGGCCCACAACAUCAAGAAGCAGGAGAAGACCCAGCAGAUCAUCCCCGUGAAGAGAGCCAUCCCCCACCCAGACUAUAAUCGAAAGAACUUGGCCAACGACAUCAUGCUACUGCAGCUGGCGAGAAAGGCCAAGCUGACUGCAGCUGUGAGGCCCCUGGGCCUGCCCAGGGGCAAGGCCCGGGUGAGGCCAGGACAGGUGUGCAGCGUGGCCGGCUGGGGACAGAUGGCCACGGGCACUCUAGCAACCACUCUGCAGGAGGUGGAGCUGAUGGUGCAGGAGGAUUGGGAGUGCAGAUUCCGCUACCGUGGCUAUUACAUCGGGGCCACCCAGAUUUGUGUAGGAGACCCGAAGAAGAUGAAGACCGGCUUCAAGGGGGACUCUGGGGGCCCUCUUGUAUGUAACAAGGUGGCCCAAGGGAUUUUCUCUUAUGGAAACCUGGACCGGACACCUCCAGGGGUCUUCGUCAAGGUCUCACACUUCUUGCCCUGGAUAAAGAAAACACUGAAGCACCUCUCCAGGCAGGCGUGAGGCUGACCUUCCUCCGUGCUUGGCCACCUUUCCUGGAGCAGAGGAAAGAAUCCCCUGAGGCUGGGAGGGAGGGGAGUGGGCAUUUCAGGGCCAUAAUAAAUAGAU